AUUAAAUCCUUUUUUUUAAUCACUUAGAAAACGCAGUGGAACGACAGUUAUGCUCGCAAGUAUUUCCAUCAGGGUUUUUUGAUAUAGGGAAGAUUUUCCGGUAGAGAUGUGAAGAAUUGUGUUAGACAGUGAAGGCAAUGGUGGCUGCAGUAUCAGCAACAAAGCCGAAAGUACAACAUCCGAAAAGGCCGCCAUUGUUACCUUCAGAAGCUCAAAAUGGAGGAGGAGCUUCAAGAAGAUUUCCGAAAUCUAAAGAAGUUAACUCACGGUACCUUUCGACUUCUUCGUCGUCUUCAGUUUCAACGACGUCGUCUUCGAAUACGUCGGUGGCGGCGGCGAAUUCCGUUGCUUCAUUGAGAAGUCCAUCGCAAAUGGUAACUAGGACGCCGGUUCAGAAUUCUGGUUCGGUGAAACGGUCGCAAUCGGUGGACCGGAGACGGCCGGUUACGCCUAUAGAGAAGUCUACUGCGGUGAAGCAGCUGUUGAGUUCCAGUAGAAGUUUAUCGGUUUCGUUUCAAGGUCAGUCUAUCUCUAUACCUGUUAGUAAGGCAAAGCCUGCCCCUGCGACGAACGGUAUAAGUAGUGUGAGGAAAGGAACGCCGGAGAGGAGGAAAGUUGCGGCGGAUUUUGUUACGCCGGAGAGGAGGAAAGUUGCGGCGAAUUUUGUUAAGCCGGAGAGGAGGAAAGUUGAACCGGAGUUGAGUACACCGGUGAGAGAUCGGAGUGAGAGUGUUAAGUCAGGUGAUCAGCAUAGGUGGCCAGGGAGGUCAAAGUCAUUGAAUUCGAGUUUUUUGACACGAAGUGUUGAUUGUGGUUCAAUUGAGAAGCACAAAUUUGGAUCCGAAAGUGUUACUAGUUCAUCGAUGAAGUCGGUAAUUGAUAUAUAUCAUAGAGCUAGAAUUGAAGCUAAAUUGAAACCUCAAAGUGACAAUGAUGAGGUUGAUAUGAAUGGAACAGCUAUAUCAGGUGAUGCAUUGGGUUCAGAUAGUGAAAGUGUCUCUUCUGGGAGUAUUUCAGGUAUUCAUGAUGGUCCGACUGUGAUUCAAGGGCGAGGAGGUCCCCGUGGGAUAGUUGUGCCUGCUAGGUUUUGGCAAGAGACUAAUAACAGGAUCAGACGAGGGCCAGAACUUGGUUCUUCUAUGGAGAAAAAUGGUAGUGUGAAAACAGUGCCUCCGUCAAAGCUAAUGGUAAACAAGAAGUUUCCGAGUGAUUCCCCUAAAGCAUCACCUCGGGGUGUCCCUGCUUCUAGAGGUCUAGUGUCUCCUCUUCGAGGGGGUCAAAGACCAGCAUCUCCAAGUAAGGCAUUGACACCAUCUGCUAAUCCUCCUUUAAGAGGGAUGCCAAGUCCUACAAGAACAAGAAAUGGUGCAAUGGGUUCAAUAUCUAAUAAUUCCUGCAGCCUGCCCUCAAUUUUGAGUUUUGCUGCUGAUGCAAGAAGAGGGAAGGUAGGGGAAAGCCGGAUAGUUGAAGCACAUGAAUUAAGGCUUCUAUAUAAUCGGCACAUGCAAUGGCGUUUUGUCAAUGCACAAGCAGAAGCUGCUCUAAGGGCACAGACAACAACAGCAGAGAGGAACCUGUACAAUGCUUGGUUGACUACUUUAAAAUUGCGACAUUCUGUGAAGUCCAAAAGAAUUCAGCUGCAGCUGCUGCGGCAAAAUGUGAAGCUGCAUUCCAUCCUCAAAGGACAAGGGCCAUGUUUGGAAAAUUGGAGUAUGGUUGAUGGAGAACAUUGCAAUUCAUUGUCAGGAACCAUAUGUUCUAUGGAAGCGAGCACUAUUCGUCUCCCUGUCGUGGAAGGAGCUAAGGCAGAAGUUCAAAAUGUGAAAGAUGCUAUUUCUUCAGCUGUUGACAUGAUGCAGGCAAUGGGAUCCUCACUGUGUUCUUUGCUGCCGAAGGUAGAGCAGGUGGAUUCUACGGUAUAUGAGCUUACAGAUGUGGUGGCUAAUGAGCUUGCUUUACUUGACCAAUGUAGAGAUCUCUUGUCAUCAAUGACAGCUCUACAGGUGAAGGAAUGUAGCCUGAGGACACAUCUAUUACAAAUAAAAGACACGGUUUCUUGCGCAACAACAAAAGUGUAAAGCUGAUCUUUUUUUUGACUGCUUAACGGAAAUGCUAACAUCAAAAGGGAGCUCUUCUCAACCAAACAAAGUGAUCGUGAUAUCUUUUGUAGCUAUAGUUUACUUGAUUCAGGCUUGUUGAAUGCUGCUGCAAUUGCAUUUUGUAUGCAUCCUGAGUAGGAAAUUGCUGCUUUAACGUGUCAUUGCAGCUUUAUAUCUUCGGUUUAUAGCUUCAUAAACAUUUUACAUAUUGUAUAUAUAUUCCCCCAUCUUAAAAAAUAUCCCCUCUUUGAAAGGUUUUGGGUGUAAGUAAUAAAUGGAAUUUUUUGCA